AUGUCCUCCCACCAUUACCCCUCCCUUGUCAUCCUCCCGACCCUGUUCCUCCUUACCUACUGCAGAACCCUCUCCUCAUCCCCAUCCUCUCUCCUCUCCUUCUCGCCACCCGAAGGAGGGCUUACGCAUUUGGUGGUCAACAACAAAACGGGCGAGAUCUACCUUGGUGCUGUCAACUGGAUUUACAAGCUAUCGAACAACCUCACCAAACUUCGCAGCCAUGUUACCGGACCAGUGACUGACAACCCACGCUGCUAUCCCCCACCCGGUGUGCAGUCCUGCCCUCACGAAUUAAUUCAAACGUCAAAUGUGAACAAACUGCUUCUUCUCGACGCUUCCCACAAUCGCCUAAUUGCUUGCGGGAGUACGUCUCAAGGGAUAUGCCAGUUCCUUCGUCUGGAUGACUUGUUCAAACUUGGCGAGCCUCAUCAUCGCAAGGAGCACUACCUGUCCAGCGUGGCCGAAGCAGGGACCAUGUCUGGCGUGGUGAUAUCCCCAGAUAUCUUUGGUGGCGGAGGUAAACUUUUUGUUGGAACGCCCAUUGAUGGAAAGUCAGAGUAUUUCCCUACCUUGUCAAGCCGUAAGUUGAUGUCCAAUGAAGAAAACGCUGACAUGUUCAGCUUUGUCUAUCAAGAUGAGUUUGUGUCUUCGCAGUUAAAAAUUCCUUCGGACACGCUGUCGAAAUUCCCAGCCUUUGACAUCUACUACAUUUACGGCUUUAACAGCGAGCAGUUUGUGUACUAUCUCACCCUUCAGCUGGACACUCAACUUACAUCACCAGACGCCAGCAGCGAACAAUUCUUCACCUCCAAAAUAGUGCGUCUUUGCGUCGAUGAUCCUAAAUUCUACUCAUACGUGGAAUUUCCUAUCGGUUGCACGAAAGAUGGCGUGGAAUAUCGUUUGGUCCAGGACGCCUAUCUAGCCAGACCCGGAACCCGCUUGGCAAGGUCCCUGGGUAUUUCAGAGCACGAGGAGGUCCUAUUCACAGUCUUUGCCCAGGGUCAGAAAAACCGAGCCAAGCCGCCCAAGGAGACGGCGAUGUGCUUAUUCACAAUGAGGAAGAUAAAAGAGAAGAUUAAGGAGAGGAUUCAGUCGUGUUACCGAGGGGAGGGGAAGCUCUCGCUGCCGUGGUUGCUCAACAAGGAGCUGGCCUGCAUCAACUCGCCGUUGCAGAUUGACGACAACUUCUGCGGUCAGGACUUCAACCAGCCUCUAGGGGGCACCUCGGCCAUCGAAGGCAUUCCCCUGUACGUGGACAAAGAAGACGGCAUGACUUCUAUCGCCACGUACGACUACCGCGGACACACCGUGGCCUUCACCGGCACGCGGAGUGGGCGCAUCCGAAAGCGAGCAGGGGAGUGGAGGAGGCAGGGGUGUCCGGGCGAUCGAUACGGCAGGAGCAUCUGA